CUCCACGACUUCCACGCGGCCGCCGCUCCCCACGUUCUCCAGUUUCUGAACCUGAGCGCGGCCGGCGGCAGCAUGCUGGCCAGCCAGCCGCUGGCGGCCCUCCACUCGAUGGCGGAGAGGAGCCACCACCAGCAGCACCAGCAACAGCACCACCAGCAGCAACAACAACAGCACCACCAACCGGCCCACCACCAGCAGCAGCCGCAGCCGGCGGGCAUCCAGCUGCCCAGGAUCAGCGUGCCGUUGUCCACCAUCACGCAGGGACAGUCCUCGCCGACCGGCAGCGGCAAGCACAGCCCCGCCACUUCGAUCACCUCCGUCGGCAGCAAUCCCCACGGAAUCGACUCGAUACUGUCGAGACCGGGGGCCACUCACCCGCAGGCACCGGUGUCCGCGACUCACGCCGCCUUGCAACCCUCGCCGCAUCCGCAACACAUGACGACGCCUAGAUACGCGAUGCACGCGGGAUUCACCGCGUCCUCCGGUAUCGGACAAUUUCAACAAAGAACGGAGCCACGGCAUCCCGCUGUCUAUUGGCCGGGUCUUCAGGGAUUAGUCAGUGAUCCCCUGGCAUGGCGGGCAAGGCUACACACACUGUCGCAACAGCUGGGUUGUCAGCAGACGAUGACAGGCUCGGCCGGGGCCGGCGAACACGAGGGUGGCAAGAAGAAACACACGAGGCCGACGUUCAGUGGCCAGCAAAUCUUCGCCCUCGAGAAAACGUUCGAGCAAACGAAAUACCUUGCGGGACCGGAGCGAGCCAAAUUGGCGUACGCCCUCGGAAUGUCGGAGUCGCAAGUUAAGGUGUGGUUCCAAAACAGGAGGACAAAAUGGCGGAAAAAGCACGCGGCCGAGAUGGCGACGGCGAAAAGGCGGCAAGAAGAGGUGGAGGGUGUCGUGGGCGAAGGCGAGGACGGCUGCAGCGACGCGGAGGGCGACGGGAACAGCGAGACCGCCGCGAAGAGGCUCAGAAGGGAGCUCGAGCAACAAUACAGGCAUUAA